AUGAGCGCAACCAAGGGAAAACAGACGCGAUACACAAAUGGCCAGCGCAAACAGCUCCUGGCCAGGUUCCGCGCAUCAAAUGGCACCAGUGAACGCCAGUUCUGCCGUGACAACAAGAUCUUCCGUGGCACAUGGCAGGACUGGCGUUCACGAGAGUCAGCCAUCAUGGCAAGUAAACGCCACAGCCGGCAUGCGACCUUGGGCGGCCAAGGGCGCCGUGAGCUGUUGCCGUUCAAGGACGACCGCUUGGCCUACAUGCGAGCCAAACGUGACUCCGAAGAGCACCUACGGGUGUUUCACCUCAUGCGCUGCGUGAAUACGAAUCACAAAGAGUGGCUCGUGCAGUACCUGGCGCCCAAGAAGAACGAAGCGUUGGCGUAUCUGUCGUUCCGAAGUCUCAACCCCGAAACCCCGAAACCCCGAAACCAGCCGGUGUCAGGCGCUUGA